UCCCCUCCCCUAUUCACGCCAAUUCCAGCCUCUUUCCGUCCUUCAAUCCCUCCAAUCCUCCCCCAAAAUGUCUGGUCUUCCUCCCGUCUACAUUGUCUCCGCUGCCAGAACCCCCGUGGGUUCAUUCUUGGGCUCCCUCUCCAGCCUGAGUGCCACGCAGCUUGGUGCCGCCGCUAUCAAAGGAGCUGUUGAGCGCUCUGGCGUCAAGCCCGAAGACGUCGAGGAGGUCUUCUUCGGCAAUGUCCUCUCCGCCAACUUGGGCCAGGCUCCCGCCCGCCAGGCCGCCAUCGCCGCCGGCCUCCCCAAGAACGUCAUCACCACCACCGUCAACAAGGUCUGCGCUUCAUCCCUGAAGGCCGUCAUCCUCGGUGCCCAAAACAUCAUGCUGGGCGUCAACGACAUCGUGGUCGCCGCCGGUGCCGAAUCCAUGUCCAACACCCCCCACUACCUGCCCAACCUCCGCACUGGUGCCAAGUACGGCGACCAGUCCCUCGUCGACGGCGUCCUCAAGGACGGUCUGACCGACACCUUCAAGAAGGAGCACAUGGGUCUCCAGGCCGAGCUCUGUGCCGAGGAGCACAACAUCAGCCGCGAGGCUCAGGACGAGUACGCCAUCAACACCUACAAGAAGGCUCAGGCUGCCACCGAGGCCGGCCUCUUCAAGGAGAUUGUGCCCGUCGAGGUUCCCGGCCCCCGAGGCAAGCCCCCCGUCGUCGUUGACCGCGACGACGAGGUCAAGAACCUCAACGAGGCCAAGCUCAAGGCCAUGCGCCCAGCCUUCAAGCCCGAUGGCUCCGUCACUGCCCCCAACGCCGCUCCCCUCAACGACGGUGCCGCCGCCGUUGUUCUCGUCUCCGAGGCCAAGCUCAAGGAGCUCGGACUCAAGCCCAUUGCCAAGAUCCUCGGCUGGGGCGACGCCGAGCGUGAGCCCGAGCGAUUCACCAUUGCCCCCGCUCUGGCCAUCCCCAAGGCCAUCAAGCACGCCGGCCUGACCCCCGAGGACGUCGACUACUACGAGAUCAACGAGGCCUUCUCCGUCGUUGCCCUCGCCAACCUGCAGCUCCUCAACCUCAGCCCUGAGAAGGUCAACGUCUUUGGCGGCUCAGUCGCCAUUGGCCACCCCUUGGGUGCUUCCGGCGCCCGUAUCCUGUCCACCCUGACCUCCGUCCUGGCGGAGAAGAAGGGCAAGAUUGGUGUUGCUGGUAUCUGCAACGGUGGCGGUGGUGCCUCUGCCCUGGUCAUCGAGAACCUGCAGUGA